AUGUCCCAGCCAUACCAAGCCUCUGCCCGCGCUCCUCUUCAAACCGUGUGUGUCCAUGCUCGCGUUCGCAAACCCAGCGCAGAGCAACCUGUUCGUGCUGUACAUCUCAGCAUCACUUCUCUCCAGCCUCUCUUCAGCGUGAAGCAGGAGGAGGCAGCAGCGAUGCUGGGACUGUCUCUCACCAGCCUCAAGAGUGCCUGCAGACGGCUGGGACUCUCCCGCUGGCCGUACACGAGGCCAAGGCUAGGAGGAGGAAGCGAGGCCAGCGAGAGCGUGCUGGCAGAGGUAGAGGCAUCGCACGAUGAGGAGACAGCCGCCGCGAGAGCAGAUGCUUUCGAAGUACCUUGGACCCCGCAGUGGGUGGCAGAUGAAACAGGAGGCAACACGUCUCAACAAGGAACGAUGGUCUUGGAAGCUAGAGCCUUGGACGAGGUUUUUGAAGGGAGCGAAGAAGCUAGAGCAGACGUCUCGUGGAUCUCAUGGUACAUGAGCAGAGAAAUGGACGAGGAUCCAGAAUCGUUCCUGGAUGGAGCAACAACACCUUAUUGGGGUAGAUUCUAA